AUGAGAUUCAAUUCCAUAGGAUACGCGCUAUCCGCUUUAGCAUUGGGUGUUACCGCUCUUGAUUGUUCUUCAGAUCAAUUAUCUUCAUAUAGAUUAAAAGAUUCAUUAACUUCAAUUUCAUCACAUUCAAUAAUAUCAGAUACUCCACCUUCUAAAACAAAUACUACAUGGUAUUUAAAUCUAUGUAAUCAAAAUACUGAACAAUUUCAAGAAGAUUGUCCCAAAAAUUCACAAAUUUGUGGUAUUACUACAGUUUUAUUACCUGGUGAAUCACCAAUUAAAACUCAAGUUGUUUCAAUUCCAAAUAAUUUAAAUUCUAAAAUCUUAAGUUCAAAUGAUUCUGAUAUUUUAAUUAAUUUAGAUGAUUCUAAUUGGGGUUCAAAUACUAUUAAAACUGAAUUAAAUUUCCAUUGUGCAGAACAAGAAGAUAUUAAAAUUCAAUGGGAUUUAGAAAAGUUAAUCAUCGAUUAUAUAUCACCUUCAUCAUGUUUAAAAGAUAACAAAUCAAUUCCAGAACCACCAAAAGAUGGUAAAGAUAAAGAUGGUGAUAAAGAAAAGAAAAAAGAUGAUUCAUGGGGUUGGUUUACUUGGUUAUUUAUUAUUUUAGUUAUUGGAUUUGGUGGUUAUAUAAUAUUUGGUGCUUGGGUUGCAGCUUCAAAAUCUCCUGCUGAUUUCCAAGAUGCAAUGCAUGAUUUUUUGGAAGCUUUAAAAUCAUUACCAGGUUUUAUAAAAGAAAUCUUUGCUAAAGUAUUUGGUAAUGAAAAUAGAGGUGGUUAUAGUGCUGUAUAG